UGGAAAAUGGGAAGUCGUGUCAAUUUGUUCCGCCAUGGGUUAAGCUUUCCAUUAGUUUUUGUAAUGUAAUGUAAAGUCGGUUGUUUGUAUUUUUAUGGCCCCAAAUUCAAAUGAAUUAAGUGUCCAAAAUGCGUAGAAGAAGUUUGUUUCCGCAAGUAGUGAUCGAUAGAGACACCGAGUCCGAGGAAAGCUCGUCGGAUGAUGAAGAAGAAGAAGGAGAAGCUAAUGUAGUUUUACCUGAAGAGGAGACAAUAGAAGAGUCUAAGAAUAAAGGGAAAACAUCCAUCACUAUUACUCUCAAGAAAGUUUGCAAAGUUUGCAAGAAAACUGGUCAUGAAGCAGGCUUCAGGGGUGCAACUUAUAUUGAUUGCCCAAUGAAACCAUGUUUUCUCUGCAAAAUGCCUGGCCACACCACAGUGACUUGCCCCCACCGAGUAGCUACAGAAUAUGGGGUGCCACAUAAGAACACAACUAAUCCUUUGGAAUUUGUUUUCCAACGCCAGCUUCACCCACGGGUUUCUCCAAUUAAACCAGCGUAUGUGAUCCCAGAUCAAGUCCACUGUGCAGUUAUCAGGUACCACAGUAGGCGAGUCACAUGCUUGGAGUUCCAUCCUACAAACAACAAUAUUCUUUUAUCUGGUGAUAAGAAAGGCCAACUUGGUAUCUGGGAUUUUGGGAAAGUGCAUGAAAAGACAGUAUAUGGGAACAUACACAAUUGUAUCCUUAACAACAUUAAGUUCAACCCGACAAAUGAUGGAUCGAUAUAUGCUGCUUCAUCUGACGGAACAAUCAGUUGUACUGACCUAGAGACUGGGAUUUCAUUUUCACUAAUGAACCUUAAUCCAAAUGGGUGGGAGGGACCAAGCAGUUGGAGGAUGCUUUAUGGGUUGGAUGUUAACUCAGACAGAAAUGUUGUCCUUGUUGCCGAUAAUUUUGGAUAUCUUUACAUGGCUGAUAUACGGAGCAAUAACAUAAUGAACAAACCUACUUUGAUUCACAAGAAAGGAACUAAAGUUGUUGGUCUAAACUGCAAUUCUCUUCAACCAGAUCUGCUUUUGAGCUGUGGGAAUGAUCACUUUGCUCGAAUAUGGGAUAUGCGCCGCUUGGAAGCUGGGUCUUCUCUUUAUAAUCUUGAACAUAAACGUGUUGUUAGCUCUGCAUAUUUUUCUCCACUAAGUGGAAGCAAAAUACUUACUACUUCACUGGAUAAUCGGAUUCGUGUGUGGGACUCAAUCUUUGGCAACCUUGAUUAUCCAAGCCGAGAAAUUGUUCAUAGUCACGAUUUUAACCGAUAUCUUACAGCAUUCCGAGCAGAAUGGGAUGCAAAGGACUCAUCAGAGUCUCUUGUUGUCAUUGGGCGUUACAUUAGUGAAAAUUAUGAUGGAGCUGCUUUGCAUCCCAUUGACUUUAUCAACAUCAGUACUGGGCAGUUAGUUGCAGAGGUCAUGGACCCAAACAUAACAACUAUUAGUCCAGUGAACAAGCUACAUCCACGUGAAGAUAUUCUGGCGUCUGGUAGUUCAAGGUCUCUCUUCAUUUGGCGGCCUAAGAAGCUGGACAUUGCACAUCCUCGACAAGAAAAGAGGAUGGUAUUAUGUGGGGAGGUUAGUAAAACACAUAGCAAGCAGCAUGGUGAUAAGAGCGAUGACGAUUCUGAGAAUGAUAUAUUCAGAAGCAAGGAUAAUGGCCUCAAGCAGAAGAAACUUGCAUCAAAAUCAUCUUCAUAUAGUUCCAGGGGAAGUUAACUUUAAGGGUGUGCAGUAGGAGGGAAUAUGUUUCUAUGAAAUUUAUUUUUUUGAAAAAAUUGUUCUCUAUUAAAGUAAGUGGGUCUUUUUACUUCUACUUUUUUUGUGUUCAUUAUAUAUGCCUAAAUAUUAGCCUAAAAUCAUUUUACUCCCUUAGUUUAUUUUUACUUGUUACAUUUGAAUUUGCACACCCAUUAAGAAAAUAAUAAUUGACAU